GCCCCUGCAGCCUCGCGACCCUGGGGCUCCAAGUCUCCUCUCCAAAAAGGUCCUGACGUGAUGACCGCAGCGGGAAGCCCCUGGGGCUGGUUCCUAGGGUACCUCAUCCUCGGUGUCACAGGAUCCCAGGCCUCGGGUGCGGGCAGCCACAUCAUAAACGGCGAGGACUGCAUCCCUCACUCGCAGCCCUGGCAGGCGGCACUGUUCACGGAAGACGAAUUUUUCUGCGGGGGCGUCCUGGUGCAUCCGCAGUGGGUGCUAUCAGCCGCACACUGUUUCCAGAAGUCCUACACCAUCGGGCUGGGACUGCACAGCCUGGAGGCCAGCCAGGAGCCAGGCAGCCUGAUGGCGGAGGCCAGCUUCUCCGUACAGCACCCAGAGUACAACAAACCCUUUAUCGCCAACGACCUCAUGCUCAUCAAGCUGAAAGAGUCGGUGUUCGUGUCGGACGCCAUCCGGAACAUCAGCGUCGCCUCCCGAUGCCCGACCGCUGGGGAGUCUUGCCUCGUUUCUGGCUGGGGCCAGAUGGCGAGUGGCAGGCAGCCCCAAGUGCUCCAGUGCGUGAAUAUCUCGGUGGCGCCCGAGGACGUCUGCAGGGAGGUCUACGCCCCGGUGUUCCACCCCAGCAUGUUCUGUGCCGGCGGAGGACCGGACCGGAAGGACUCCUGCCGCGGUGACUCUGGGGGCCCCCUGGUCUGCAACGGGUCCCUUCAGGGCCUCGUGUCUUUUGGACAAGUCCAGUGUGGCCAACCCCACGUGCCUGGCGUCUACACCAACCUCUGCAAGUUCACUGACUGGAUACAGAAAACCAUUCAGCACAGUUAACUUCUGGGACUUGGACCCAAGGAACUCAACCUCCAAAUAUAUGCUGCAGAAGGAUUCCAGAAUCUGGGGCCACCCCGGUGCCUUCCUCCCUCAGACCCAGCAGUCUAGACUCCCAGCCCCCUCCUUCCUUAGCCCCAGGAAUCCAGUCCCACCAAGAAUCUUUUUCUCUACCCAGUGCCUCCUAGUGGCACAAUGUUGACUCAGCCUUACCACAGGCAGAGAAAGUUGGUUUUUCACUUUUGUCCCCUUCUCUUAAGCCCAAAAAUAAAGUCUAAGAGAAACACA